UGGAGCUUGUCCAGAUCUUCUCGACGGACGUGGUACCUCGGCUCCAUGAAGGCGCUGUCGUCGUAGUCUCCCCAAGCGCCCACGUUGCUCUUGCCUCUCCCCCUGCAGCAGGGGAAGCAGCGGCGGCACCACUUGCCCAUCUUGCUCCUGAGCGUCUUCACAGCGGAGUCGUCGUGGGGUCCAGAAGUGCCCACGUUGCUCUUGCCACUCCCCCUGCAGCAGGGGAAGCAGUGGCAGCACCACUUAUCCAUCUUGCUCCUGAGCACCUUCACAGUGGAGUUGUCGUGGUCUCCAGAAGUGCCCACGUUGCUCUUGCCACUCCCCCUGCAGCAGGGGAAGCAGUGGUGGCAACGCUUGCCCAUCUUGCUCCUGAGACCAAAUGGCUUCUUCACAGUGGAGGCAGCCGACCUUGAACAAACCUCAGCCGCCAUCUGCUUUUAACAGCCAGGGGAGGCCGGUAGUAGCGAGCAGAUCGCGUCUACCAACCGGUCUUACCAACUAGCAGGAAACUCUGGGUUUCCAACCUGUUUGAAGAGAAAGGUCAAUCCCAGCCAAAACCUGCCAACCCCAGCAGGGGAGCCCAGCCCACUCCACCCAGGAAAAACCCACACCCAGCCGGGGAAAGCCCACGCCCACCCGGGGCGACCCCACUCCCACCCCAGGAAAGGCCAAGCCCCUCCCCCCCCACCGCAAGGAAACACCCAGACCACCCAAGGGAAUGCCAAACCCAGCAGAGAAAAGGUCAAGUCCAGUAAAAGAAUGCGAGGGAAGAAACGCCAAUCCAAGCGAGAAACACCAGGCAAAGCCACUAACGCCAAGCCAAGCGAGGAACGCCAAGCCAAGCGAGGAACGCCAAGCCAAGCGAGGAACGCAAAGCCAAGCCUAGCCGUUACAGACAAGCCAAGCUGUUAUGCGCGUGCGGAGGGCGGGCUUGGGUGGAGGGCGGCGUGCGCGGUGUCAUUGCACGUGGCACAGACAGUGGCCGAUGUGUGCAACCCUCCUGCGCAAGUCUUGGCGCCACAAAUGUCAGUGACAGCCUUGCGUUCCCGGCAAACUUCAUGGGAGUUGGCUGAGUUUUCAGGCCAUUGAGGAGAGGCCUCCAGUGGGAAAAAGCCUCUUGAAGCAGGACUGGGGCUAGAACACCUGGAACUUGAGGAUGCUGACACCCUCCUCUGAAGAAAGCUCCCAAGACACUCGUGGUGGUGCUGUUGCGGGUGGCCGCGCUGCAGCUCGGAGCUCGGGUUGGCAGAGCUGGAUGCAAAUGGCCUCAAAAUCGAGGAGCACAAGACGCCCACCUUCAUGACACCUGCUCCUCCUUGGUCGGCGCUCAGAGCACGCAGCCAUCAGCGACGGGCCACUCGGGUCCACAGAAUCAGGGCUGGGUGGCCAGCUCCUGCCCCGGUGACCCCUGCCUGGUGUCAAGCCAGGGCCAACAUCUGUGGGGCUUCUGGCCCAGGGGGCUCCACUUCACUGGCAUGCAAUAGCGUGGAGGUGCAUGCCACUGUCUCCAGGCCGGCAAGAGUGGGCUUGGAGGAGCACCUACCACUGAUGGGGAGAUGCAGAAAGGCACCCCCAUGUGCAGAUCUUGGGAACAGGACACUACCAGCACCAGGGAGCCAGACCCGGGCCUCCCUGGCAGCCUCUGAGCUGGACCCAGGCAGUGGCACCUCGACCCUCCUGCCAGGACCCUCCUGCUGUGCAAGCUUAUGCAGCCGGGCUCCAGGCUGCUUCACCCAUAAGGCAGAUAUAUGCACAGUGAAGGAAAUUUAUACAAGGAAGGAGAAAGAGAGUGGGGCCUGUGCACCUUUCAAUAAAGUAGUGAAGAAAGAUGUUGCUGAAAGGGAUACAUUCAGCAAAGACCUGGGGAAGGUGAAGAACUGUGCCAUACACGUUCUUAAAGCCCGAGACUAUUGAAAAAUGAGAAAAAUAAACAUCCUAAGAUGACAACUCUACAAAACAGGCCACAGUUUACCAAUCCCAGAUGUAGAGACACAGAGAAGUCACAUGAGUCAAUAUGAUGCAGUGAGAGUUAGAAAGGAAUCAGGUCAAGUAUCUUGGCUUGACAAAUGGUGGCUUCUUCCAUUUCUCAAAGCUGCACUGUUUUAACCAAUGAAGUGAGAAUGUUAAAAUAAAUAAACAUCAAAUUCUC